AUGGACGACGGACAGACGAAACUGAUCUACUGCUGGUUCGAUAAUUGGAAGCAAAAGAUCCAAGUAUCUGAGUACAGGAUUGUUGGGAUGAACGAAUUGCUCACAAGAAGGAAGUCGAUGAUUCCGAUCAAUCGAGGUUCUGAAAAACACUACUCUCAAAAAGUAGUAUUGAGAAAAGUGGUUAGGGUGGAAGCAAGCCAGAGUAGUGAAAAUGAAGUGGCAGAGCUCUCAAGCAACGAAAAUGGAAUUUCGGAAGAAAGAACUUUGCAAGGAAAAUGGGAAACAUGGAUGCAAAUGAGAAAUCCCGGUGUCCCAAGCGACACAAGUGCCUUCUACAAGUUGCACGCUCUUCUCCUCAAGACCGGCCUUCACGAUGACCCGCUCUAUCUCCGACGCCUCCUGCUUUCUUGCGCCGCCGCCGCCCCUCACAGCUUAUCUCACGCCCGCUCCCUCUUUGCCCACAUUCCCUCUCCAGACAUCUUCGCCUACAACACUCUCAUCAGAGCCCAUGCCCACUUCUCUCCUUCCCAUGCCCUUUCGCUCUUCUCUCAGAUGCGCUUGGCCGGCGUCUCCCUCGACGCCUUCACUUUCCCAUUCCUUCUCAAGGCCAGCGCUCGUCUCCACCUGGGUCAGGGCCUUCACUCGCUCAUCAUUAAGCUUGCGUUAGAUUCUGACAUUUACGUUCAGAACUCGUUGAUAAGCUUCUACGGCCGCUGUGGUUCUAUUCAGCUUGCGUCUAAGCUGUUCCAAGAAAUGCUCCAAAGGGACUUGGUCUCGUGGUCUUCCAUGAUUGCUUGCUAUGCGAACAACGGUUUCGGGUUUCAAGCUUUGGACCUGUUUCGGCAAAUGCAGCUCUCCGUCUCGGAGGAUAUAAAAUUCGAUGAGAUCACUAUGCUCAGCGUAGUAUCCGCGGUUUCGAGCUUAGGGGCGUUGGAAUUGGGUCAGUGGGUUUAUACUUUCAUCCGCAGAAGCGGUCUGGAGCUUUCUGUUUCACUAGGUACUGCGCUUGUCGAUAUGUAUUCGAGAUGUGGGUCCAUCGACGAAUCGAUUCGAGUGUUUGAUGAAAUGCCUGUAAGAAACCUAUUGACAUGGACGGCGUUGAUUGAUGGGCUUGCAGUACAUGGCCGUAGCAGAGAAGCUCUGAGGGUCUUCUACGAGAUGGAGAAAUCCGGCUUCUUCCCGGAUCAUAUCACCAUUACUGGGGUCUUAGUUGCUUGCAGCCAUGGCGGUCUUGUUGAAGAGGGUUGGCAAGUUUUUGAAAGCAUAAGAAAAAAGUACGACAUGGAACCACUGCUUGAGCAUUAUGGUUGCAUGGUUGAUCUCCUCGGCCGGGCAGGCUUGCUCUACGAGGCCUAUAACUUUCUCGAAAGAAUGCCAAUGAAGCCAAAUUCUGUGAUUUGGAGAACUCUGCUUGGAGCCUGUGUAAACAACAACCAUCUAGAGCUGGCAGAGAAAGUGAAGCAGAGGAUCAAUGAGCUCGACCCUUAUCAUGAUGGUGAUUAUGUGCUCUUAUCAAACGCGUAUGGCGUAGCUGGUAGAUGGGUUGAGAAGGAAGGAGUGAGGAAUUUGAUGAGGGAAAAGAGAAUCAGCAAAAAUCCAGGCUACAGUAUAAUCAACAUUGACCAAGUGAUUCACCAGUUUGUUUCUGGAGACAGUUCUCAUCCCCAAUCCGAGGAGAUUAAGACAUUCUUAAUUUCAACAAUCAACAGUUUAAGGCUUCGAGGUUAUACUCCCUAUACAAGUAAUGUAUUGCAUGAUAUUGAAGAAGAGGAUAAGGAGCAUAGUGUUGGUUAUCACAGUGAGAAAAUGGCCGUUGCUUUUGCACUCCUUAGAUACAAGGAUAGCAGGACGAUAAGGGUCAUGAAGAAUCUUCGAAUUUGUCAUGACUGUCAUAGUUUCAUGAAACAUGUUUCAGAUAAAUUUGAUAGAGAAAUCAUCAUCCGGGAUCGAAACCGGUUCCAUCAUUUUGUUAACGGAUCAUGUUCUUGUAGGGAUUAUUGGUGAAGGAUGAUUAUCUUUCGUAUUUUUUUUAUUAAUUUGAGUCAA